AUGAAUGUACCAGCUUCAAUACCCUAUUUCAGCAAAGAUACGUUUCAAUACGAUCAAAAUCAGACAUAUCCUUUCCAUAUUGUUGAAUGGCCAAAUGAUUGUACUCAAGGAAAAAUAAUAGUUAAUGCAACCAAUUAUUCGACAACAUUAUCAAGUACAACAUUAAUUCAUGAUUACACAUACUGCUAUUAUAUAUCUAGUUUUGGAAACAUCAGCAUUAAUGUUAAAAAUGGAUUCAACUAUACCAACGUUGACUACUUCUUAAGCGAUAAAAUAUCAUCAAGUAAUUCAAAUUCAUUAAAGAACAAUCUUUCUCUUAUUUCUCCAUUUAUUGGAAUUAGAAUUCGAAGUUUUUCUCCAAGCGAUGACGGGAAAAAUUUCACUAUUGGAAUAAAUAGUAGCGCAAUCAAUCAAUCAUCAUUCUACGAAAAUGAGUUUUAUUUUACUAUUACAACCCCUUCUCCAACAAACACAUCAUCAAAAGGGACAAAUAAAAAGACAGUAAUUAUCGUCAUAGUUGUCGUUAUUGUAAUCAUACUUGUAAUAUUAGCCUGCAUCUGUUAUAACAAGAAAAAUAAACAAAAGGUUUCACCAGAAAACGAGCAAAAUGAACAGCAACAAGGCCCUACUAAUCAAAACUCAACACAACAACAACAAAGUUCAAAUAAUUAUCCAGGUACAACAAAUGUUAAUUACCAGCAGCAAUAUCCAAAUACUGUUCAAUAUGGAUCACAGGCAAAUUACCAACAACAAUAUCCUAAUCAGAAUUAUCAACAAUACCAACAACAGCAAUAUCAGCAGCAAAAUUAUCAACCUCAGCAAUACGAACAACAGCAAUAUACCAUGCAACAACAAUUUGCCCAACAAAAUUAUCAGGCACAACAAUAUGCCCAACAACAACCGUACCCACAGCAAAAUUAUCAGCAGCAACAAUAUAACCAACAGCAAUAUCAGCCACAAAUGUACCAGCAAGGCUAUCCAGGCCAACAAUAG